CGUCGUUAACAUCAUCCAUGCCAGUCUCCCGACCCGUCUUCUCCUCACCCUCGUUACAACGGAAGCCCCAUCCCCAUCGUCGUUCACCAUUGAUAACACUCUCGUCAUCACCGGAAGCGACGCAGAUGACGUCCAGAGUGCUGUGCUUCUCGCUAGCUCCAAAUUUCUUGGUUGAGUCGUGUCUUUGACAAAUGAUGGCAACCUCAUGUCUGCUGCUAUCGAAGACAUCGGGGCGUCGUCAUGCGACAAUACUUCACUAUGGGAUGUGCUUCAUAAAUCCGUUCGUGCACCUCUCGACCGACUCGUUCCACCACCAGGGUCUCGGAGCGCCCUUCAGCUCAUCGACGCAGCUCGAGAAAAACUCCGGCGCGUCCUAUCCUACAUAUUCCAUACCCGCCUUUCUUGUCAACAUUUUCUCCGCUGCCGAGCGUGCUCGCUCCGUGGGAAUACAUGGAUCCCUUACCAUCAAAUGAAUAUGCUGGAACGCCGAUUCGACCCACAAUGUGAAGACAAGUUAGCCAUUGCUGAUAGGUACGACCGCGCAUCGUUGUGUACUGCGAAGACGGAUGGGCGUCGUCACUCGCAGCAGCAUCACUACACGAGAUUGGUAUGUGGAAUGCAACGGAUGUCAUAGGGGGUUUCCAGACUUGGAAAGUUGCCGGACUGCUAGGUCAAGUCAAAGCUCCUUGUCCGAGAGUAAAACAGCAACUUUGGAGGGACUUUCCCAAAUAUUUUGGGGAACGAAGUAAGGGUUGUGUGGCGCUGGUGGUCGCUGGAAAUCUGUCACGACACCAGCGCGAUUCGCUCACGCGUCUGAUCAUAUACAUACACUGACUACGUCUUACGUGAUAGUCAUCGAUGGAGAGUCUGGGUCUAUCGUCCAACACUAUCGUACGGCUGCUGGCAUUACAUGGGGUGGUAUGUACAUGUGUUUGCGUCGUUAUCCGAA